AAGUGUCAUACCCACCAGCAAGCUAUAAGAUGACCACCCCUCACAAUCAAGCUCAACCUGGCCCUUCUAUUGACCCGUUUCCAGACGAAUACAAAAUAGCAGCCCUUGUCUUCUACAGCUGUGUCUUCAUAACUGGCUUAUUUGUUAAUGUCACUGCCUUAUGGGUCUUCAGUUGUACCACCAAGAAGAGAACCACUGUAACCAUCUAUAUGAUGAAUGUGGCACUACUGGACUUGAUAUUUAUAAUGAGCUUACCCUUUCGAAUGUUUUAUUAUGCAAAAGGUGAAUGGCCGUUUGGAGGGUACUUCUGCCAGAUUCUUGGGGCUCUCACAGUGUUUUAUCCAAGUAUUGCUCUAUGGCUACUUGCUUUCAUCAGUGCCGACAGAUACAUGGCCAUUGUACAGCCGAAAUACACCAAGGAACUUAAAAACACAUGCAAGGCCAUGCUAGCGUGUGUGGGAGUCUGGAUAAUGACCCUGGCGACCACCAUCCCACUCCUACUACUCUACGAAGACCCAGAUAAAGCCUCCACCCCUGCCACCUGCCUCAAGAUUUCUGACGUCAUCCACUUCAAAGCUAAUAAUGCGCUGAACUUCACUCGACUGACUUUCUUUUUCUUGACUCCUCUGUUCAUCAUGAUUGGGUGCUACUUGGUCAUUAUUCAUAGUCUCCUUCACGGUAAGACGUCGAAGCUGAAGCCCAAAGUCAAGGAGAAGUCUAUACGGAUCAUCAUCACGCUCAUGGUGCAGGUGCUCGUCUGCUUCACGCCUUUCCACAUCUGCUUUGCUUUCCUGAUGCUGGGAGGGGACGAGAACAGCUACAACCCCUGGGGAGCCUUCACCACCUUCCUCAUGAACCUCAGCACCUGUCUGGAUGUGAUUCUCUACUACAUUGUUUCAAAACAAUUUCAGGCUCGAGUCAUCAGCGUAAUGCUCUACCGCAAUUACCUUCGGAGCGUGCGCAGGAAGAGCUUCCGCUCAGCUAGCUUACGGUCCCUAAGCAACAUAAACAGUGAGAUGUUGUGA